UCGCCGUUUAUUCCUCCGGCUUCCUCAUGAAUGUGGAACCAGCUUUUGUGGCGGCCGAUUCUCCUCCCCCUUUCCUCUUCAGUAGAUCCUUUUAAUUUUAUUUCCUUGUAACCCGAGCUUGGUUUUUUUUUAAUUUCCUGGUGGAUUCGGCUCCUUUAAGAGGCAGAGCUCAGUGCUGGGAACUCACGUCACUUUUCAGCCCAGAAACUCUCCAGAUCAAUGACCGAAGAAGAAGAGCCGCUUUUUCUCAGUGGUGUCUUUCAGUUUUCUUCUUCCAGGAAAGAGCCGGGGAGGGGGGAGGGAGGGAGGAGAAGAAGGAAAUCCCAUAUUCACCAGAGCAUAAAGAGAAGCUAGAGAGAGAAGGGGGGAAAAGUUAGGUGAGGGACAAUUUUGAGGAAGUGCCAAAUCCAGCUCUUUGGGAAGCUCCGUGUAUUCAUAAAGAUCCACCCUUGCUAAUUUCAAUUAAAACAACAACAACAACAACACCAAAGCCUAAAACGCAAAACUAAACCAUGCCGGGCUUUUUUCUCCAGGCUGAUGUGCUGCAAGCCUGCUUAGGGGAUCGUCUUUUGGGGGAAAUGAUUGGAGGAACUUCUCUAUAAGCCGCCCGCGGUUGGCUGGGAAAGGAUUUCUGCUGGGUCUGGAGGAAGAGGAAAGGGAAAGAGGAAAGAAAGAAAAAAAAAGAAAGCGGAGAACUUCCUGGUCUCUCUAUUUCCUCCUCUUCUGAGACAUGUCUGAGGGUCCCGGCCAGUGUUUUAUCAAGCAAGAAAGAAUUUCAUACACCCCUCCAGUGAGCCCGGUACCAGACUAUACUUCCUCGUCACCGCUUCAUGUCCCAGUGUCUCGAGCAAUCAGGAUGGAGGAAGACGCCAUCAGACUCCCAGCCUACUUACGUUUGCAGCCCAUUUAUUGGAGCAGGGACGAUGUGGCCCAGUGGCUGAAGUGGGCUGAAAAAGAGUUCUCACUGAGACCCAUUGAGAGCAACACUUUUGAGAUGAACGGCAAAGCACUCUUGCUUCUGACCAAAGAAGAUUUUCGAUACAGGUCUCCACAUUCAGGUGAUGUGUUAUAUGAGCUUCUUCAGCAUAUCUUGAAGCAGAGGAAUUCGCAUGUGCUGUUUUCACCCUUCUUCCACCCUGGGAACUCCAUCCAUGCUCAGCCUGAUGUCAUGUUACAUCAAAACCACGAUGAAGACAACUUUGUCCAGAGACCUUCAAGACAAUCAGCAGACACAGUCCAUCACAACCCACCUACCAUUGAACUCUUGCACCGUUCUAGAUCUCCCAUCAGUGCCAGCCACAGGCCUUCACCAGAGCCUGAACAACGGUCAUUGAAAUCCCCAUUGGAAAACACUAUUCGUCGCCUCUCACCAGCUGAUAGACUCUCGGGGACAAGACACCACCAGGAGAAUAAUAGCCAGGAGUCUUAUCCUCUCUCAGUGUCUCCUAUUGAGAAUAACCACUGCCCAACCCCAUCUGAAGUGCUCCAGAAACCUUCCAGUCCUCGCCAAGAAAAUACUAGAGUGAUUCAGUUGAUGCCCAGCCCCAUCAUGCACCCCUUGAUAUUGAACCCCAGGCACUCUGUUGAUUUCAAAGCCUCAAGGUUGUCAGAAGAUGGACUGCACAGAGACGUGAAGCCUAUCAAUCUGUCCCACCGUGAAGAAUUGGCAUACAUAAACCACAUUAUGGCUUCUGUCUCACCUGAAGACCAUGCAAUGCCAAUUGGAAGGAUAGCAGACUGCAGGCUCCUUUGGGAUUAUGUCUAUCAGCUGCUGUCAGACAGCCGGUACGAAAAUUUCAUCCGAUGGGAGGACAGGGAAUCCAAAAUAUUCCGGAUAGUGGAUCCUAAUGGGCUCGCCAGGCUGUGGGGGAACCAUAAGAACAGAACAAAUAUGACAUACGAGAAAAUGUCUAGAGCCCUGCGCCACUACUAUAAACUAAAUAUUAUCAGAAAGGAGCCAGGACAAAGGCUUUUGUUCAGGUUCAUGAAAACACCGGAUGAGAUUAUGAAUAGUCGUACCGACCGCCUGGAGCAUCUUGAAUCUCAGGAACUGGAUUCGGUCCAGGGACUGGAUGAGCAGAUCUAUCAGGAAGACGAGUGCUGAAGGAACUGGUCCCCUGCUUCACUUUGGGCCUGUGGAAGAGCAGUCUUUAUGGAGGCACAUUCAGAUGGGACGUGAGAUCCCAGGACUUAGCAGUUACCUUGGAGACUGUGUGUAUCCCCAGAGCACCUUAGUAACACUUAGAGUGGUGUUGCUUCAAAAUUUGGAAAACUGGGGCAGGAACAUAGCACUACUGCCUUGCUGGUUUUUAGAGUCUCUUUCAUCCCUAAGGAGUCCCCCCGUCCGCCCGCAUUGGCUUGUAGGGUUCCUCCUCCCCCAAGUAACAUGCUAUCAGGCCUUUUUAAAAUCUCUUUUAUAGAACAAAACAUCCAGGUUUUUUUUUUCCGCUUAUUCUGAAGGCUUUCCGGUGGGAGUGUAGCAUGUCUGUUUUUUUGCAGAUCACCAGAGCAUGGUCCCAGGGAAGAAACAGAUGUCACAAGGAAGGCCAGAAAAUGUGUUCUGCUGCCUAUUUCUUUUCCUUUUAUAAACUCACAAAGGUCUUGGGACCUCAGUCCCUGAACCAAAAUCUUAAGACAUGGAUUCCUGAUUUGCCUGCCUUCUGCUGGGGUUGAAUCCUGAAAGUGUCCACUGACCCACAGAGCACAUAAACUUUUUCUAGGCAGGAUAGAAAAAUAAAUAGGAGACCCUGUUACAAAAUGCAGAAGACGUCUUCAUGAUUUUCCAGCUCAAGCAAAAUGAAAAUGAAAGCCACACGCAUAGGAUAGGGUUUUUUGCUUGAUGGGGUUUGAUGAGCCAAGGUGUUUUUCAGAGGGAGGUUAGGUUUCCUAGACCAAUCAAUUCUUACCCGAGUGGGAGAAAUGGAUGAUAGUGAUAAGAUGAAGAAGGGUUUGAGGCCUUUAGAAUGGCAUUUUUCUUUCUCUGGAAGGUUCUCCAGGAGUGACCAGUGCCUGUCUAGGAGACUGUCAACACAACUACUACAGUAUGUGUGUAGAAAAUGUACAGGUUUAGUUCCUGAACUGAUAAUUACAUUGAUUUUGUUCUACUCUGCUGUGUUGAAGUGCAACAUUGCACUCUUUUUUUGGCCAUCAUACCCAUUUUAUAUGUGAGAUUCAGUCAAAAGGACCAGCAUUUGUGGUCUACUAAAUUAAAAUGUUUUAGCUUCUUGCAGCCCCAAAUUAGUUUUGUCGCUGUUCCGGUAAGAGGAGCAUACAUGUGCCUUUUUUGUUGGUAGGAAGUCUUAGCAAUUUAAAUGUCAGCAAGUUCUGAAGGUUACUAAAUUAUGCAGAAGUCAGCAGUUCUAUAUCACAAAAUAUUAUACUCCUCACAGGCUUUGUACCUUUUGUGUACACAUGAUGACAGAAUGCUGCUUAUAUCUGCAGUGUCUACACAUUAUACACAAUCUAUUGGCAGGGUUGUUUAUACCUUAUGCUAAAGAAAUCAAAAUUCUGUGCCACUAAAACUAAGCAGGAAAUAUGAAGUAUUAUCACUUGCAUUUAUGUGCAAAUUAAGAGUAUUCACAUCUGUGUUCUUAAUUUGCUUCCUGUGUCCAGCUUUUACAAGGGGUGGGCUACACUGAGUAGACUAUUUGCUGUCCCACAUCUUUACCAGUAAUUCUGCUUAUCCAGUUUAUUAGUUCCUGAAAUUUCACCACACCCUAUCAAGCAUGACUUCACUGAGUACUUAAGGACUAGAAACCUGUUUUUUGUUGUUGUUGUUUUAAAAAAGGAGAGUUAACCUUCGCAUUCUCAAGAUGUUGCACUUCAUUAUUUUUUAAUCUACAUGGUGUAAUGAUAUGUAACUGCGGACAGCCCAAGCCAUUGGUUGAUAUAUUAGCCAGUGUUCAUAAAAGUCACUCACUGCUUAAUAGGCUUUCACAUAAUUCACACAAAAAUUAGCAGAGUCCUGUUCCAAGGAUUUUGAUUCCUAGCAAAUGUAUACUAAUGAAAUCAGGUAUUCUACUGAGAAAAAGAAACUUCUUACAUUUUGCACAAUUGUAAAACUUCCAUUUUUAUGCAUGUUUGAAUUUUCACCCUUUGCUUUGGGCUUUUCCCAAUGGAUCUGCCUGCCCCUGCUUUCUUUUGCCCAAAAGCCCCCAUAGCUACUGAUCCUUCCUUAACCUGUCUGUUACUUAUGCAUUGGCUGAUUAAAUAGCCAGUACACAUUGUCCAAGAGAUGGUUGGCAUUCAGGCCCAGUUUAGAGAAGUCUCAGCAGAGCUGCUGCUUCCCGGGUAGGUACAGAUGAAGCAGCAUGAACAACAUGUCUUAUAAAAUAAUUUCUAAUGAGCUUUGAGUCCUUUCCAUUGUUAGCUUUGCAGCUUUCAAAGUAAAUGCUUUAGACACUUGUAGAAGACAAAUUCUGCUUAACCAUUUCUGAAUUUGCAGUUAAUGUUUUGCAACUUCCUACGUCAUUUGUAGCUGGCAGACAAUCCCAGGUUUGGGGAGGCGGAAAUAGCCCGUGUUGUCCUUUAGGCUAGGGCAAGUGCAUGUUAUCUGCCCCAUAUUACAGAAGGCUACAGUUCUACAAGGAUAAAAAGGUAGGAGCAGGUUCCUGCAGUAGGAUUUCUAUCCCUGCGAGCAGUGCAGACUGCAUGGGCAAAUGUAGUGGAUUAACUGUGCGGUCACAGAACUGGCCAGAAGCAGUUUCAUUGAUGAUGGUAGCUGUGGGAAAAAGCAUUUCAUUUGGUAGCAAUUGAAGAACGAGAUGAAAAAGUGCAACUGGAACAGUUUGUUUUUUCAUAUUCAGGAACCAAGUCUGAGUUCUUGUUUCUUUGGGGCAAAGCUAGGGGGAGACUGAGAAACACGGAGCUGCCAGUGAAAAUGACAAGGGUGAAUCUAGUUUCUGUUUCCUCCUGUCAUGAUGCUCAACCCAUUAGCAGCAAUAAAUGACAGCCAGUGGUAGAACUAAUGGGAAAUCUGCCUUUGACGUUUACAGACUUAAAGUGUUGGACCCUACCUUAAGAAGUAAUCUUGAGAUUUCACGUACAAACAGAGCAUUGAAAGCAACCCUGAAUUCAUAUAAGGCCUGGCGAUGUAUUUCUUUUCCAUUUCUUUUUAAAUGGCUGUAGCCUUAUGCAAAUUAGGGAUGAAAUGGGGGCGUGCGUUUUUUUUUAAAACAACUUUUUAUUUUCUUAAGUAAAUUAUAGUCUGUUGAUGAUGGUUCUUCCUUUUUUUUUCUUCAAGGUGUGGGGUUAAGGGACUGAACUGAAUGAAUGUAACAAAGCAAACAAGAAUGCCUCUUCUCAGGGCCAGUGAGUUGCAAAUAAUUUUUAAAUGCUUGUAAUUACAUCAUCUCAAUAAAUUUUUUAAUA